AUGGCUAUAGUUUUAAGCUCUCCAUCCAUUCUAUAUGUCUCCACCAUUCUCAUUGCUCUUUUCUUCUCUACAUCUUCUCAAACUUGUUCAAAUCACACUUUCACAUCCAAAAGAUCCUUCACUUCCUGCAAAGACCUUCCAUAUCUCAAUGCUCAUCUUCACUGGACUUACUUCAAGUCCACAAAUCAAUCAAAGAUCGCAUUCCGGGCCCCACACACUCCAAAGGGGUGGAUUGCAUGGGCAAUUAAUCCAUACAGAAGAAGCAUGGUUGGAUCACAAGCACUCAUAGCUUUUAAGAAUAGUAAAGGCAUGAUGUCAGCAUACACAACAACAAUCACAGGGUACAACCCAUCAAUGCAGCCUAAAAAACUCUCCUUCCAUGUUUCAAAGCUUUCAGUCGAGUAUGCAAACAAUGAGAUAACCAUUUUUGCGGUUGUGGGUCCACUUGCAAAUGGGCCGGUUGUUAACCAAGUGUGGCAAGUUGGGAGCUUGGAUCAGAAUGGUGUUCCUAUGAUGCAUGAAAUGGAGUUUCAGAAUCUUCAAUCGACUGAUGUUAUUGAUUUUUCGUCUUUUUAA